UCGCCGCCGCGCGCUCACAACGCGUUCGGUUCUCGCGGGCAUCGGUCGAUUCAUCCAAACACACGCCACUCUGUGAAAAUCGUUCGCGAACCUGUCUUUCUCUUUCGCCGAUUAAAAAGGAAAAUCUCACCGCGUUCGCCAUCGUCGAUUUUCCAAACGAAGAGGCGAUUCGUUUCGAGUUCACCGACGAAUCUCUCGCGUUUUCAGUGCGCGACGUGCCGUUUGCAACAAUUUUGUGCCGUGAGAGACAACGAAUGGUUGCACUUGCUUAUAAACAAGACGAAAGUGUUGUGAAUACUAGGAAAUAGCUGAACGUGACAAAAUAACAAUUGAAGUAUUAAAACGUAAAUUCGAACAAGGCAUCCAGAGAGAAGAAGAGCUAACAUCGAAGAGGAAACGGACAAUUUGAUCGACCAGUUGUGAACAAUUUGUUUAAAAGUGAGACGAAAACUCGGGUUUAGCGAGGGUUAUUAAAUGUUCCCUUGGGACAAGGAUGAAGAAAGUCUCGAACGAACCGAGUGUUCGAUUUAAUUCUACCUGAGCCGGUUUUAAUCAGUGAAGAAGUUGAGCGAAGAAGGGAUAAAGAUUAACAUCGAGGCACAGAUACGAAUCACACGGGCUCUCCAACAAAUAACAAUCAGAAAAGUCCUUCGAACGAACACGUUGGAGGAAGAACUUGGAGAAUAGAGGGAUUGAUGAAUCGUCUUCGGAAAGAAUUUCCAAGACGAUGCCCGAGGAAUUGAAUUACUGCUCCGAAUGAAAAUGAAAAAUAGAACAGUUGUAGAACAGAGUCGUAAUAGUUCACGGUUAAAAGAAUAAAACAGUACUGCAAAAUAGUCUGGACACGAUUAAAACAGAAAGAAAAGAAAAAUAUUGAGGAUGCACGAUAGGAAGGUUAAUUGAAAGAGCUGACUAAAUUACUUGGAGAAGUGUUCGAAAACCGUGUUACUACUCGACUUCAGUGACACGCUUGUCCAAUUCACGGAGACGAAGCGACAGAAAAGAACGUUAAUUAAUCAUCUUUCAAGGAGGAACCGUGAACUUGAAGUGUCGCGCGGUUAUUAAGACGACGAGAUCGUUAAGCUUCGAGAAAGUCUCAGACUACUUGGAAACAAUUUAUUACCAGCAAUUAUUACUGCAUAUAUCGGGCAAAGUGAACUUCAGCGGAAAUAAUUACUAAUUGACUUUAUGUUAAUUCUACCGUAAAUUUGAGACGAUAAAUUGAUUCUCCAGGCGAAGGGAAAAAAUUGUUAAAGUAUCUCUGAAAUUUAUGGUAGAAGCUCGAUGAAAGAUCGUCGUCAGUCUAGACAACAUGAGUCGAGAAACUAUAACAUAACAACCGUAACAACCAUAAAUUACUCUGUGCCACAAAAUUCUGUCUGGAAAUUGAAAGUCUCUUGAUAUUAAUUCGUCCUCGUAACGAACUACAAUUCAUCAUACUAAUCAAAAUCAUACACACACACAAAAAAAAAGAACGAAUCGUAGACAAAUCACACAAAAUUUGCACGAAUCGACAAACGACUCGGCGAAAGAUCGACGAACUUUGUUAUUUAUGCAUCGUCGUUGAAAUUUCGAAUCGAUCCUGAGGAGAGAAAAAUUGACGCUUUUAAUCGUUUAAAAAUAAUUGUCUCGCGCAAAGUAAAUGGGUUGAUCGAUGCUAGUUCCAUUAAUAGCGUCGGACUCAUGAGAAUAGGCAAACCGUUCACACGUGCAAAUAUUUUUCAGGCGUGCGUUUACAAUUGGUUGGAUAAUCAAACGCGCGUGUCGUUCGCGUUUAAUCGCCGUCGGUGAUAUUAAUGACGUGCAACCAAGAUUCGAGCGAUCAUUUUACAGAACAGCGGAUCGAAAUCUACUGCGACGCACAUCCGUGGGCAACGAUUACACUAACCGAUCCGCGUACAAUCAGAUCUGGAUCGAACUCAAUUACACCGACGCGAUUCAGUUUUUCCGAUUCGAUCGAUCGAACGAACUGAAUGGGCUGUUGAAUCUCUAGAUUGAAGUGAACGCGCGAUUAAUCGAACACCUGCUGCGGGGCGCAUCGUUCUCGAAUGUUUCAGUCGGCAGAUAUUCGAACAAGUGUGAUUUAAAAACCGUAAGAUUCGAACGUACGGAAAGAUUCGGAGGGAAUUUUAGAGAAUUUGGGGAAUUUGAAAUUGAAGAAGAAGAGAUUUUGAAAUUGAAAUUUACAGAGAUUUUAUUAUACAGAGAUUGAACAAAUUUCACGGCGAGAAUUCGAGGGAAACGAGUUGAAGAUUGAAUCGAAGAACGUUGAUGAUUCGAGGAACCAAAUACGUGAAAAUUCGCAGGGAUUGAGACUGAACAGAGUAAAUCAAACUAGAAGCGAAUAAAUCAAGCUCCGUCUGACUGUCAAAAGUCAGAUUAAAAAGAACUUACGACGAGAAGUAGAAAACAAAUCGCCCAAGUUUGACUGGAGGAGUCGUAGAAAUUUGCAAAGAUCGAAACUGACGAAGAUUGUUAAAAAAAAUUUACGACAAGAAUUGGAAAACGAGUCGUCGAAGAAGUUGAAGAUUAGAAUUGAUUCGACACGAACGUUGAUGAUACGAGGAACGAAAUACGUGAAAAUUCGCAGGGAUUGAGACUGAACAGAGUAAAUUAAACUUAAUAAAAGUAAAAGUGAUUAAAAAGAACUUACGACGAGAAUUAGAAAACAAAUCGCCGAAGUUUGACUCGAGGAAUCGUGGAAAUUUGCAAGAAUCGAAACUGACGAAGAUUGUUGAAAAAAAUUUACGACGAGAAUCGAAAAACGUGUCGUCCAAGUUCAGGAUUGGAACCAAAUGCGUGAAAAUUCCGAAAAGUCGAAACUGAAGAUACUAUUUUUAAAUUGAAACAGAAGCAAAUAAGUCACGUCGAGCACUGACCUGUCAAAAAUUAUCGCGAGAUCGACAGAUCCAGCUGUACGAACACCUCGAGCCGGAAGUGCCGCGCGAAAAUGGCCUCUCACCGUGACGACACGUGGAUCUUCGCGCAGGGUUGACGAUUUUCUAUUAAUACGUCCGUGCUCGAGACCAACGACAUAUUCCAUUCGCCCGUGAAGAUCCACACAGUGGCCAGCCAUGUCCCGAUCCAGCAUCGAAUCUAUUUUCGAACCGUCGAAUCGAUUCAAACGCUUUCAAACUGGACGAAUAAACGACCAAUAAACGUGUUUUUUUUUUUUUGCCCUUGGGUACGUCCACGAGAAUUUUUAAAGGCAACUGCUACGAGCUGGCGAGUUUAAAUGGAGGGAAAAGGAGGUGAAGCAUUGCUCGAUGAUCGCUUGAUACGUGGAUCAAUAACGGGGACACGAAGACGUGUCUGAUCGAGCGGUCUUGGCUCGCCCUCGACCUCGUAAAUUGCUGGGAAUUGACUUAAUCGUCGCCGAGGGACGCUUAAAGGCGUUCGCCUUUGUCCUCGCCAGCUACCGAAAAAUGGCGGUCGUUGAACCUUUCGUUCACAUUCUCACCGGCGGACCGCGAAAAUCCUCCGAGUUUUGAAAGUCGAACUGGAAAUUUUUCGCAAAAGAUUCCCUUCUUCCGUGGAUUGCAGUCAGCGAGGAUGGCUCGGAUUUGAACGGUAGGAAUUUUCCUUUUUUCGUAAAAUUGGAAGUGCCGUUGAAGAUUUGUCUGAUAAAGUGAAUCGAGGGUAUCGAGGUUGACUCCGAACUGGAUUUUUUUCCCCGCAAAAUGUGUAGAGACAUCGUUGACGUUGAGAUUAGUUCCAAACUGCUGGGAACUGUAGUAAAACGUAAAUUUUACGAAAUUUUACGAAACGUGUAAAGUCCAAAUACAUCAGGCGGAAAGAAAUACUGUCGUCAUCGUUGUCGAAGACUUGUCGAAAGCAGAGGACCGUAAAUAUUAUCAGAACUCGAAGUUUCCUUCGCGAAAUGUAACACAUCACAAGCGAAACGUCGUCGCUGUCUGAAAGAAAAGAGAAGCUUGUUUAAAGAAGCAGAAGAGAAAAAACAUAUGCAAAUACUUAUCGCUAACGUUAAAAAACACUUCUGAACUAGUCAGUCGGGUCGUUACGCGGCUGCGUGAUCGAUCGUGAAGGAAGAUGAUCUCGUCGAACGAGUCGAUCGAUUCGGGAGUUGGCAUGAGGUUGAGCGGAAGUCGUGGGGAUUCACUGGCGUCUGACGUCAUAUGGGAGAAUUACACGAAUCCUAUCGUCGCGUUCCUGCAGCAGGAGGACUCGUCGACCAGGCGUGACCCUUUGUACAUCGUUUUGCCGAUCACGGUGAUCUACGCGGUGAUCUUUCUCACUGGCCUGGUGGGCAACGUCUCCACGUGCGUGGUGAUCGCGCGUAACAAGUCGAUGCACACGGCGACCAACUACUAUCUGUUCAGCCUGGCCGUUUCUGAUUUACUGCUGCUGAUAUCCGGCCUGCCGCCGGAGAUGUACUACAUCUGGUCCCAUUUCCCGUACGUGUUCGGCGAGGCGUUCUGCAUUAUUCAGAGCUUCGCCGCGGAGACGUCCGCAAACGCCACGGUACUCACCAUCACCGCCUUCACCGUCGAAAGGUACGUGGCGAUCUGUCAUCCGUUCAUCUCGCACACAAUGUCGAAGCUGUCCAGAGCGGUGAAAUUCGUCAUAGUGAUUUGGCUGCUGGCGCUGUGCCUGGCGGUGCCGCAGGCGAUCCAGUUCGGCGUGGUUUACGAGUAUAGCAACGGCUCGGCGAUCCUCGACAGCGCCCGAUGCGCGAUGAAAUGGACGCUGAUCGAGCACGCGUUCGAGAUAUCCACCAUGCUGUUCUUCGUGCUGCCGAUGACCAUCAUCAUCGUCCUCUACAUACUGAUCGCCAUCAAGCUGAGACGGUCCAGACUGUUGACAGCGACGGUGAAGAGGAAGAACCUGCCGGCUGGGCCGAAUCACUGCGACACCGGCAGAGGGAAGAGCGCCGCGCAGAGGAACGUCAUUCGGAUGCUGGUCGCAGUGGUGGUGGCGUUCUUCAUCUGUUGGGCACCGUUCCACGCCCAGAGACUGUUGGCUGUCUACGCGCAGAGUACCAACGCUAAACCGGAAGACGCGUUAGUGAUAGUCUACACCAUCCUCACGUACAUGUCCGGGGUGUUUUAUUACCUGUCCACGACGGUGAAUCCGCUGCUCUACAACAUCAUGUCCAACAAAUUUAGGGAGGCUUUCAAGUCGAUGCUGUCGAAUCACUGCGGCCGGAAGUGGUCCUCGCGGAAGUCAGUGCCAAGACAGCCGACCUACAGCAGCCUCUCGCGGUACGCGAGGUCCACGCUUAGGCAGACGGAUGAUCGCCAGAAUUCGCCGUCAGUGUCCGUCAGCGAGGACAACCAAAAGCUGAGGAUGACAAACACCACCGAGCUGAACGGAUUGAACGAUCGAAAGGAGCAGGAUCGGCCUGGCUCGACGACGAAUCGUCGUGAGUUUGGACGAAGCGUGUCGAGGGGAUCGAACUCCAGCCAGUUCACGCUGAUGUCGUCCGUUAGCAGGAGUUUCAACGAAGGAAACAACAACGUGACCGCGACUUACGUUCAAAAAUCACCGCGGACUGUUACGCUCGAGAUACUUGCCGAGAGACUGAGACUGGGAACCAAAGAGCUAUUUUCGUCGCAACAGAAGACGGCAGUUCGCGCAACUUCGAAACCGGAAACGACGACGGUCUUGCCACCCCGGUUCCAAAGUCAUCCGAGUAUCGACAGUGCAAACACAAUCAGUAACUCCAGUUUGCAGGACUACGAUGAAACGGAGUUCAGCGGGAUGGAACUGGCACGGUACAUGGGCGAAUUGAACUGUGACUUGAUCGCUUAACGCUCGUUCCCGGGUUAGAAACGUGUCCCUUCGUCGAACAAACGUGCCAUAAUGUACUUAACGAGCCGACGUGUGAGAAAAUUGACGUGCCACCGAAAGAGAAAGGAUUUGAACAAAUGACGCCUGUCCUUCGAGAAGAAGUAUGUUUGUAAAUUAUACGUUGUAAGUAAUGUUAGAAAAGUUUCCAGUGUAUUGAGAAAAAUCUACGAUCACCAAGAUUUUAACAUUCAAAUAAACACCAAUUCUGUUGUAUACUUA